AUGUUAGACCCUUCUCAAUGCUCUGUUGAGCUAGAGAAUGUUUUUGGCCCCAUAGUUGCCUCACCGUGUUUGCAUGGCUUCGACUUCACCCUCCUCUUCGAAGAGACCAUUCUGACCCUGCUACCAUUUGGUCUGGUUUCAUUAGCGGCAGCUGUUCGUAUUUGGAAACUCCAUAAUGCUUUGGAGAAAAUAAACCGAUCGUGGUCAUAUGCCGCGAAGGAGUUAUCUUGGCUACUCUACAUCUCAUUGCAUGUGGUGUUGUUGGUGCUUUGGGGUCACCCAAACACCCCCAAGACCGCGGCAACUCUAUCUACGGAGAUUGCCACGAUCGGAACUUCGUUGGCUUUGCUCUAUCUCUCCCAUCUGGAGCACCUUCGCUCCAUUCGCCCAUCCACGACUCUGAAUGUCUUUCUUUUCUUUACACUGCUGUUUGAUCUCACUCGCCUGCGGACCGUUUACUUUAUGUCUAACACUCGAUCUGUGACUAUGUUACUCGCAAUAUCGUGGAUGAUCAAGUCGAUCACUCUUCUCCUGGAGGCGACAGAGAAGCGGCCCUUGCUCAAAAAGGCAUAUGAGAAUAGCCCUAUCGAGUCAACCAGUGGUGUAAUCAACCGUGCUACCUUCUGGUGGUUGAACCAUAUUCUUUGGCUGGGAUCAAAAUCCCAAUUGACAGUGGACAGCCUCCCUGCGCUGGACAGUGACAUCUCAGCUGCCUCGGAUUCUACUGUGCUUGCGGAGAAGUGGCGCAAUGCCAACCAUUAUUCUCCUAAUGCACUGUUGUGGACAGUGAUAUCGCACCACAAAUGGGCCUUCCUGCAGGGUGUUCUUCCAAGACUUCUACACACAGGCUUCUGUUUCGGUCAACCGUUCCUCGUGGAGCGUGUAUUAAACUUUAUGAACGAGCCAGAGCAUGUCAAUUCGACCAACUAUGCUCGGGGUCUCGUUGCCGCUUAUGCAAUCGUGUACAUUGGUAUCGCUGUAUGUGGUCUCUCGUCAAUCAAGCGACAUCUACUAACCGAUACCCAGAUCUCGGGCGCCGCUUACCAGCACCAAACAGAUCGAAUCAUUGCCAUGGUAAGAGGCAGCCUGGUAACACUUAUAUUCGAGAAAACCUUGCGCAUGAGCACCUCUGUAGUUGCAGAUUCCGGUGCGAUCACUUUGAUGAGCACGGAUAUUGAACGAAUUAGCAGUUGUCUAAGAGAGAUUCACGAAGUGUAUAGCGGUCUUAUCGAGAUUGUCGUCGCAUUGUGGUUGCUGGCACGGCUGCUGAAUGUGGCGGUUAUUGCAUCUACUAUUUUUGGUGUCUGGCUGGAGGCAGUUGAAGAACGCGUCGCUGUGACUUCCAGAGUCCUAGGUGUUAUGAAAAGUGUCAAAAUGACAGGCUUGACAGAAACCAUUUCCAACAGUCUUCGGGAUCUGCGGUCAGCCGAGAUCAAUUCCUCGUUCCGAUUCCGUCUUUACGAAGCCUUGGGGAUCACACUUUCUCCGGUGUUUGGCUUUGGCGCUUAUAUCUUGAUUGCGCGCGCAAAUGACUCAGCUACACUUACGAAUUCGCUGGCAUUCUCUGCACUUACUCUUUUCUCGCUAUUGGACAUACCCAUGGGCUCUAUUGUCAACGCCUCGGAAGAUUCUUUGGCAGUGGCCAACUGCUUCCAGCGAAUCCAAAAGCAUUUGCUUGAGAAAGAAAGGCUGGAUUACAGACUGAGCCUUGGCACUCGGUUGUCGUCAUCAGAGACACAGGCUACCGUGAGUUCUCUUGUUGAAAUCGAGGACUCAAUCGAGCAACAGAUCAAUGAGCCUUGCACUGUUAUGAGAAAUGUUUCUGCAUCAUGGUCCGUUGAUACUGAGUCUGUCCUGAAGGAUCUCAAUCUCGACAUCCCCUCAUUCCAAACCACAAUGAUCGUCGGGCCUGUCGGCAGUGGCAAGUCUUCAUUCCUGAGGGUCCUGCUAGGAGAAAUUCCCGAAUGUUCCGGCACAAUCUCUACCAACUUCACUCAUGCAGCAUAUUGCAACCAAUCACCAUGGAUCAACUUUGGAACGAUCCAGGAAAAUAUUGUUGGGAGCUCAUCGUGGAAUCAAGCCCGGUACAAUCGGGUCAUCAAAUUCUGCGCCCUGAAACCUGACUUCCAGCAACUUCCAGCUGGAGAUCAAACAAAAGUCGGUGUUCAUGGAUCUAGACUCAGUGGCGGGCAGCAAAUGAGGGUGGCACUUGCGCGGGCGCUUUACUCCAAAGAGCAUGUUCUCAUUUUGGAUGAUGCUCUUACUGGUCUGGACCGCGAAACGGAAAAUAUUAUUCUGGAAAGCGUUUUCGCUCCCCAUGGCACUAUCAAAGAAUCUCGCCGAACGGUCAUUAUGGCCACGAAUUCAGCAAAUCAUCUCCUUUAUGCAGAUAAUAUCAUUGCACUUGACGCAAGUGGAAGGGUCAUUGAGCAAGGACGUUAUCAUGAUCUCAUGAAAGCCGGCGGUUAUGUUAGCACCAUUGCAGGGACAUCCAUAGCGACAAGCACCGCCUGUGCACCUGAUAUGACUCUAGAUCCUGAAACGCUCCAAGGGUUGAACAUCGAAGAAGAUCAGCAAGAGGACUCGGGUCGAAGAACAGGCGACUUGACUGUUUAUACCUUCUAUUUCCAGAACAUCGGCUGGUCGCUGCUAUUCAUCUUCGUUGCGUGCUGUGUUAUGUUUAUUCUCGGACUGAGUUUUCCACAGAUAUGGCUUCAGUGGUGGACUCGGGCUAAUGAGCAGCACCCAAACCAACAUGUCUGGUAUUGGCUGUCUAUAUAUGCUGCAUUGGGUGUGCUGUCUCUUUUCACGGCGUUUUUAGGCUCAUGGGUCAUAAUCAUGAUCAUACAGCCCAAGGCAUCUCGGAAAUUUCACGAGAUACUCCUGGGGACCACAAUGAGCGCCACGACCUCAUUCUUGACUUCUACAGAUGCUGGAACCACCACAAACAGAUUCAGUCAAGACCUGGAGCUUAUUGAUGGCGAACUUCCUUGUGCUCUGGAACUAACAAUCAAUGCUGCCCUCAGUUGUGUCAUUGAGGGCUUCCUAGUAUUCUUUGGCUCGUCCUACAUCACAGCAGCAGCGAUUCCCUUCUGCGUUCUAGCGGUAUACUACGUGGCGAGAUUUUACGUCCAGACUUCACGCCAAAUGCGAUUGUUGGACAUCGAGAAAAAGGCACCACUGUUCUCCCAGUUUCUGGAGACAUUGGGUGGUCUUUCCAGCAUUCGAGCUUAUGGUUGGGAGUCUGAUUAUCAACUUCGCAAUCGAAUUGCCCUGGACGCCUCCCAGCGCCCAUUCUAUAUGCUUUACUGUAUUCAACGGUGGAUCACCCUCGUCUUGGAUCUUCUGGUGGCGGCUAUUGCCGUCAUCGUCAUCUCUGUGGCGCUUUCCUUGCGGGGGAAUGCGUCUAUGAAUCUAUUGGGCAUCGCUCUUUUCAACAUCGUCAACUUUAGUUGGACACUGCAAUCACUUGUGAAGAACUGGAUUGAGCUGGAGACUUCUAUCGGGGCUGUCUCUCGGAUCCGAUCGUAUGAGCAGCAAACUGCGACUGAGGAUCUGGCUUCUGAAACACAUGUCGUUGCUGAAAGUUGGCCGCAAAAGGGCUGUGUUGAGAUUUAUAACCUCUCGGCCUCUUAUGAGGCCGCAUCAGAGCCUGUGCUCAAGAAAAUAGAUCUCAAAGUGUCUCACGGUGAGAAAAUCGCCUUGUGUGGCAGAUCAGGCAGUGGCAAAUCCUCACUUGUAUCAGCAAUACUUCGGAUCCUUGAGCCUAGUAGCGGCUCUAUCUUCAUUGACAAAACAGACAUUUCAAAAAUCUCCAGAGCAAACGUCCGCUCAAAAAUUAACACCAUUCCCCAACAGCCAUUCUUCCUCCGCGGCUCUAUACGACUCAAUGCGAACCCAGAAGAGAAUGCCACUGAUGAUUCAAUCAUCGAGUCUCUCGAAGUAGUCAAACUAUGGUCUCACAUCGAGUCCAAAGGUGGGCUGGACGCCGAUUGGUCCGACGACCUUUUGUCUCAUGGACAACAGCAGCUCUUCUGUCUUGCUCGUGCUAUGUGUAAAUCCAGCAAUCUUCUUAUCAUGGAUGAGGCCACAAGCAGUGUGGACUCUGAAACGGAGACUCUCAUGCAAAGUGUGAUUCGGGAGCAAUUCAACGGCCGGACUAUCAUUGCCAUUGUACACAAAUUGCAUACCAUCCUGGACUUUGACAAAAUUGCUGUCAUGGAAAACGGUCGGAUUGUGGAAUACGAUUCACCAGCGGCGCUACUGUCAAGAGAAGGAUCUGCUUUCAAAGCACUGUACGAGACAUUCCAUCAUAGUGCUGAGAUUUGA